UUCCCCGCAAUAAAGCAACGCAGCUAGGGUUCGCCCUCCCCCUCCCCCAAAUCACAUCCAAUCCAGAGAAAAAUUCUCCGAUCGCCGCCGCCGCUGGUUCGAUUCGCCGAGGCCGAGCCGAGAGAGAGAGAUCGAGAGGGAUGGAGUGCUUGGCCGAGAUGCCGCGCGCGCCGCUGGCCGACCGCCGCCCGCGGAAGAGGCAGCGGCUGGGGUGGGACGUCGGCCCCGAGAUCCACCAGGUUCAGAUAGGGUUAUGUGGGCAAGAAGUUGCAAAUGUCAUCAGUGCUGUGACGCUGGGUCUCUCGUCCCAGGAAAUCCCUCGUUUUGCUUCCCCUCCUCUGAGAGAAGAUGACAAGGAUGGACACUUUGUCUUUGCUGUUGGAGACAACCUCACACCACGAUACAGGAUUAAUGCAAAAAUGGGUGAAGGUACCUUUGGUCAGGUAUUGGAAUGUUGGGAUAGGGAAAGGAAAGAAAUGGUGGCCAUUAAGAUCAUCAGAGGCAUUAAGAAGUACAGGGAUGCUGCAAUGAUAGAAAUUGGCAUGCUCGAGCAGCUUGGUAAAUAUGAAAAAAGUAGAUCCAGUUGUGUUCAAAUUCGGAACUGGUUUGACUAUCGUAACCAUAUCUGUAUUGUCUGUGAGAAGCUUGGACCAAGCUUAUAUGAUUUUCUGCGGAAAAACAGUUACCGCUCAUUCCCAAUUGCCCUAGUUCGGGAGGUUGCCAAACAACUGUUGGAAUGUAUAGCAUUUAUGCAUGAAUUGCGCCUCAUUCACACUGAUUUAAAGCCUGAGAACAUUCUUCUUGUUUCUCCAGAGUACAUUAAAGUGCCCGAUUACAAAGUUUCAUCCCGUUCUCCAAAGGAAGGUUCCUAUUUCAAGCAGCUGCCCAAGUCCAGUGCUAUUAAGGUGAUUGAUUUUGGCAGCACAACAUAUGACCAGCAGGAUCAGACCUAUGUGGUGUCUACUAGGCAUUAUCGAGCUCCAGAAGUUAUCUUGGGACUUGGAUGGAGUUACCCCUGUGAUAUAUGGAGUGUUGGUUGUAUACUGGUUGAGCUAUGCACGGGAGAAGCAUUGUUUCAGACCCAUGAAAACUUGGAGCAUCUUGCUAUGAUGGAGAGGGUAUUUGGUCCUUUGCCAUGUCACAUGCUCAAAAGGGCAGACCGGCAUUCCGAGAAAUAUGUCAGAAAAGGCCGUUUAAACUGGCCUGAAGGUUGUGCGUCACGGGAUAGCAUGAAAGCUGUUAUGAAGCUGCCACGUCUUCAGAAUCUGGUGAUGCAAAAUGUAGAUCAUUCUGGGGGCGAGUUCAUUGACCUUUUGCAAGGUCUGUUAAGGUAUGAUCCAGCUAGCCGCCUAACAGCACAAGAGGCGCUUAGGCAUCCAUUCUUGAGGGAGCAGUCCGAGCGAAGAAGAUGACGAAAAUCGUAUGUCGAUUUUCAUCUGACACCUCUAACUUGUAUUGUCUGAGCUCGAAAAGUCUAUUCACAAAUCGUGAAGUUUGUAUUUCUGUUUGUAACCUCAGCAAGCAUUUGUAUAUAGAAGACCUGUAUUUACAAGUUGAUCUGUAUCAGUCUGAAUCAUAAAUUAAGUGUUUUGAAGAUGUUUUGCUUGGCUAGCAGUUUUGGCC